GUGCGGGGGACAGAGCCUGGAGGCGGGACCGGCAGAUGCUGCCUUCCCCUCCUCCCCUGGCUGCUGAGGUGUGAGGAGGCGGCCCGGAGCCGGUGCCCACCCUCCCCCUCGCCGCGCAGGCGGAUGGUGCGGUCCGGACAGCGGUGGCGCUACCGCCCAGUGAUGCAGGAGGGCGGCUUCCGUGCCGGCGGCAGCAGCAGGGGAGGGGGAAGCAAACAGCUGGCGGAAGAGCGAGGAGCGGGUCUCGGCUCCAGGCAGUAGCGGCGGCCGCCGCUUCCCGCUUUCUCUCCAUCUCCCCGCUGCUGCUGGAGCAGAGCCGCUCGCUCUCCCUGCUCGCCGCCGCCGCCGCUCCGGGGGCUCCGGGGCUGAGCGCAGCGCCCUGCGGGAGGAGCCGGCUGCAGCCGGGCAGCGCGAGCCAGCGGGAGCGGGGAGCAGCCCGGCUGCUGCUGCUGCUGCCGCCUGGAUGCCAGAGGCUCCCCGGGAGCCGGCGGCCAGAGGCACCCCGGAAGAGCCGCAGGAGGAGGACGAGGCCCCCGGGCUGUGAGCCGAGCGGAGGAAGCAGGCACCGCUGGCCAUGGCCUCCAACUUUAACGAUAUCGUCAAGCAGGGCUAUGUGAAAAUCCGCAGCAGGAAGCUGGGGAUUUUCAGGCGAUGCUGGUUGGUUUUCAAGAAGGCUUCUAGUAAAGGACCCAGAAGGCUAGAAAAAUUUCCAGAUGAAAAAGCAGCGUAUUUCAGAAAUUUUCAUAAGGUAACUGAGCUUCACAACAUCAAAAACAUAACCAGACUGCCUAGAGAGACAAAGAAGCAUGCAGUGGCAAUUAUUUUUCAUGAUGAGACAUCAAAGACAUUUGCCUGUGAGUCAGAACUGGAGGCAGAGGAGUGGUGCAAACAUCUUUGCAUAGAGUGUCUAGGGACCAGGCUCAAUGAUAUAAGCCUUGGGGAGCCAGAUUUGCUUGCUGCUGGAGUCCAGAGAGAACAAAAUGAGCGAUUCAACGUAUAUCUUAUGCCUACACCAAAUUUAGAUAUCUAUGGGGAAUGUACAAUGCAGAUCACACAUGAAAACAUCUAUCUCUGGGAUAUCCAUAAUGCCAAGGUCAAGCUGGUCAUGUGGCCUCUGAGUUCUUUGCGGAGAUAUGGGCGUGACUCAACAUGGUUCACAUUUGAGUCUGGAAGGAUGUGUGACACAGGAGAAGGACUGUUCACCUUUCAGACAAGGGAAGGAGAGAUGAUCUAUCAGAAAGUCCAUUCUGCAACACUGGCGAUAGCUGAGCAACAUGAAAGACUAAUGAUGGAGAUGGAGCAAAAGGCACGGCUCCAGACCAGUCUGAGUGAACCAAUGACAUUAUCCAAGUCAAUCUCACUUCCCCGCAGCGCAUACUGGCAUCACAUCACCCGACAGAACAGCGUUGGAGAAAUCUACAGUUUACAAGGUCACAGUCUCAGUUCAGCAAAGGUGUCUCGUGCACAGACGUUUCCCAGCUACACCUCAGAGCCGGGCAAGGAGCACCAGCAGUCCCUGUCGCUGUCUAGCAGCUAUGGAUUCAGCUACAGUUCAGCCGUCAUCCAAUGAUACACACACAACAGAUGACCAGAGAGACAAUAGAGCCUGGAACCUGCCUGUAGGACCAGGAAGCCACUUGCACCAUCAGAAUCCAUGAAAGACAAAUUAUAAUGAAAACUGAGGCCUACCAGCUCCAGUCUGGUCACAGUGAAGAUUAAAAACUGCAGUGCAACUUCCCUGAGGCACAGGCUAAGUCUUUUAUUUAUUUAAUUUUUAUUUUCUUUGGCCCAUAUGUAAAAACAACCAGACCGAUUUCCAGGUGUAAGAAAGCAAUUGAAUCCAAUGAAACCCUCUUGCUGUGAAGCAGAGGUUUCUGCUUCACUGGACACCACCUGCUCUGGGUGGAAACAUGAUGACACACUCAACUUUAGACUUGUCACCCAACACUAUAAUCAAGUUUGCCCAUCUCCAUUCCCACUGGCAUCAUCCACCUUUUUUAUAUCCAACUGAUUGCCCAUUGGUUCCAGUUGGUACUGGAAAAGUGUUGUCCAUUAAACAGUAUAGCGACUGUAGAUGUUAUCCUUAGAAAUAAGCAAAGCUGCAGUUACAAAAAGGAGUGCAUACCUUUUUAAUCAGGCUCCCAUAGCUACCAUGUUUAACUCUACGUAUAUAUUGGGAGUAACAAGAUAAUGAUUAGUACCAUCUUGGGAAAUAGAAUUUGGUGCAUUAAAAGUAAUAUUACUACCUAGUAUAGCUCUCAUUUUAAAAGGCCAAUUUCUGCCUAUGAAUGCCAUUCAGAGCUGUACAUAAAUAUCUAAAGGGCAGAAUCCAGCUCUUAGAACUGUGAAGUCUUCACAGCUGCAAAAUAUCUAAACAGGACUGUCACUGUUAUGACAAGUAUAUAUUUACAAAAAAAGAGGGGAAACUGUUCUUCAAACAAAGGAAUCUGGGCUGAAUUCUUGAAAGGCAAUCUCCUAUUCUACCUUAUGAGCUAGAUUCUCUGCUAUGUCUAGCAGCCUAGCUCUAUUCUUGUGCUUCUGGUCAUUGUUACUUUGAUUUUUUUCAGUUUCUGUCCCAGAUUUGUGUUUUAGUCACAUUGUGUGUUGUGUAUGAUUGUGGAUCAAUUAACCACUUAACUUGGAAAGACAUGGACCAAUUCUAAAGUAGGCCUUUCCGUGCUUGAAAGGCAUUUAAAAAACAAAACCCUGCUAAGUUUGUUGAGAAUCAGUAAGGGAUAAUGUGAAAGGCACAAAUGUAGGUGUGGAGAAUGAGUUUGAGCUGUCCUGAAUAUUUAAUUGUUCAAAAGGGUCAUCAAUUAUUUAUGUGCAGCAUGUGAUGCUCUGAAAUGCUGGAAAUUGGGGAAACAAAAAUCUGCUUGCUGUGUAUUGUGUGAGCCAACCGUACAGUCCAUUCUCUUUAUGGAUUGUUUACCACGAUUACCAGAGACAUUCUUGUCAUUAGUUGUCAGGCCUGGCAGAAGAAGUAUAACAAGGAAAAGAGCAGUUGAUUCUUUUUCCAAUUACAUGAACAGUUUUAUCUAUGGUAAUUUAACUGAAAAAUUGCUGAGUUUUUGUUUUUUCAUAAAAAGGUACAAAAGAAAUGUCUGCUUUGACUAAACAUUUAUUGAUACAGUAUGUUUGACUUUUCUCCAAACAUUCUACAGGCUAACAGAUUGCAAGCUUAUACACCUCAGUGAACAGCUACUGAAUGAAAAGGUUUGUGAUUUGUUUGUUACAAAGUGCAGCUGAUUCAUUUAAUCAAGGUUAUUCUUUUCUUUCUUUGCCUUUCUCUUCCCAAUCCAUAUUGUGCCCCUCCCCCCACCACAUUCACAAACAGACCAGCCCCUGGUAUAGCAUAUUCCAAUGGGCUAACACCACAAUGGAAAUACGCUAUCCCACACUGUCAGCAAAUUGCACCCAUGAUACUGCCCCCAUCAAUAAAGCUUCAUCUACACUUUUCAUUUUUAAAAAGAAAAUCAGGUUGAUAUUUUGCUUGUGGGAAAAUAUUUCCGUUUGUAAAAGUUACAUGUGAAUUUUGAUACGAGGGGCCAGAUCCUCAGCUGGUAUAAUUUGACGUAAAUCCAUUGUUCAAAGGAGCUAUACCAGAUUUACUUGACGAUCUGGCCUAAUAUUUUUACUUCUUUGUAACUGCAAAUGCUGCAGCUUUCCCACAACAAGAAAGAAAAUGUGUGUGUGUUUAAUCUCCUUCAUACUUCUUGGUCGAAAUGCUCUCGUGUGUUUUGUGACCUCAAAUUCAAAUUCUCAUUCAUUGUGUCCCUCAGUGACGUCAAUGGUGGUCACUUCAUAAUUAUACAUACUUCGUGGUCCAAAACCCAGGGAACUGGCAGGGUGAAAAGUGAAAAUGGAAGCAUUGGAAUUGCCAUCCAGACCACAGGUCCAUAUAUUUCAGAAUCCGACCUCUGAGGGUGGCCAGCAGCAGUUGCUUCUGAUUAUAGCGCAUUAUGGAGAUUUUAUGCUUUUGUGUUGUAUGGAUGAUAUUACUGUCUGACCCCAGCUGGUGACCACCUCCAUAUGGUGAUGUAUGAUUGCUGAUAAUCUGUGUUAUUUUAUUCUAGCCCUUGAAACUGCAGAAACUAUCUGCUGCCCCCUGAAGAAAAAAAAAAGCCACUUAUAGUAAUCUUAGUAACUGCCUUUUUCUCCAUAACUUUGAGCGACAAUACUUUCCAAACCACUCAUACUUUUAUCAAACCACUCCUUGCACCUUCAGGUACAAAGCUUAAAGAAAAGAAAAAGGAGGGAAAGUAGGUCCAAAAUUAAGUUAAAUUAUACCUAUAGGAAACCUGAUUUCUCAGACAGUGAAAUAACUCUUAAGAGACAGACUCUUAGAGACAGACACAGUAGCACUUGAAGCAUUCUAUAAAGACUCAUUUAAAAGAAAAAUGGACACCACAAACACAGGGAUUUUCAGAAGCAGAUGAGUGGACUGCACCAUUUGCUUUAUGUGUGUUACCCCAGACUGCGGGUGAUAGUGCUGAAGAGGUUUGGGUUUGUCAUUCCCCAGAAGAGCGUUACACGUCCUACAAGAACCAGGAAUGGCUAGUGCUAGCUGAUAGCCAUAUCUCAAACACACACUGCCUUCAUAGAAUUACGGUAACUCAUGGCAUGUGCCUGCUCUAUGAUAUGAGUGGCUUCUCACUGAAACAAGCUUUACACAGCUCCUAAUGGGGUUCUGCCAGAAGGAGACACCUUUUUGGCACAUAGCUGAGUUGCAGUCUAGAGCCCACCAGGGUCCAUAAGGAGCCUUGAGACACAAAGAGCCCUAUUCAAGUCUCAGCUUCAUUCCUGUGCAACAUACACAGAUAAGAAGUCCACUCCUGAAGCAUGAAAAAAUGAACUCUGAUUUCAGUUCCUGGGCUGUGUAGAGCAAGAGGGCAACAAAAUGACUUCUGGUAACAUGAAUAUAUCUAAUUAACUUUGAUUUACACUUUGAAAAGGACCUUUCAAAUGUAAAUACCCAGGGUGUACAUUAGUCAUAUACAAAUGAGGCACUGCAGAGUUGCACCUAACUAGAAUGUUAGCAUGUGAGAUGUUCUAGUAGAUUGUCACAUGCUGAUGUUUCUAAGUUACAGAAUUCACUUAGGGCAGCUAAGAGAAAAUGGAGUGGAGACCACUGCUAAUUCAUGAAAUAUGCUGCUAAAGUAGUGUAGUUUCCUCAGGGUUGUCAGUGCCCACCCAGUUUUUAAGUAGAUACAUUGUGACCGUUUUUGCUUUAAUUCGGCUCAGCGUACACUAUUAUGGAUCAAUUUUGCCUGCCUGUGUUCAAAGAAAGAUCUUGAAAUCUGGAGCUCAGAGUCUUGCCUGUAGAAAAAUUGUAUAAAUAUUUGGGCUUUGCUUUUGUCGUUUUCGUUUUGAUCCCAGUUUUCCAGCUACAUGCUGUCCUUCUAAAAUUGUGGCCUUGAGUUGGUGGAGGUAUAGCAAUAGAAAAAAGCCAAUGAAUCUGUUGGUAAAGUAAAUGCAGGGAUCAAAUUUGUUAGGAAAGCUGUUCUGUUUCAUUCUUGCAAAGGUCUAACGUGAAGUUUCUCGCAAAAAAAUCUUACAUUUGACACCAUAGAAACAAAUUGGAAUCAUGUAGUAAAAUAAAAAACAUGUUUUAGCUAUGCCUUGCAUUGGUUCCUCCCUGUUAACCAGAUCCAAUUUUAUGAGUGGUGUUGGGAAAAACAUCUUAAAAUCCCUAUAUCAAUAAUUUCACUACUAGGGCUCACAAUAUUAACAGCUCACAAACAUCCUCUUUAAUUACUAGUUUGGUAAGCUGAAGACAGACUGGGCUUUUUUUUAUUUUAGUGAAACUUUAGAAAGGCAGUCAAUUCAGCAUGUUUCACAAGCAAUGAAGUCCUUUAUUUAUAUGCAGAACAGAUGCAGCAGGGGUAGUACUUCUUCUCAACCUUGAACUGUAAUGGCAACCUGUGUGUGGAGUUCACACUUCUUGUUCAUUCAGUCCUUGGCCUCCAUUGUAACUGCUUACCAAGGUGCUAAUUAGUGCCAAGAAUGCUGGUGAUUUGGGGGGCUAUUAUCUGUGUAUUAGAAACUCACUGAUAUCAUCGGCCAAUGUCACAUAGGUCUCAGCAUGGAGGUUGGCCACCAGCAAUCUAGGCUGGAUUUUAACUGGUAACCUGUAGGCUUUGUUUUCCAUGAUGAGAUCUCAUAACUGCUACACUUGGACUGAAGCAAAAAUCAAUAUCAUUCAAAUGCAACUAUAUCUUCCUAAGACUAGUGAAGGAAACUAUUCCUGUCUCCAUGUCUAGUUUUGUAUUUUGUAAUUUCACACUUCAUUCUGAACAGCACUAAGGGUUAAGUUUUCACCAUUUCCGCCUUAUCUUUCUGUGUAGAAAGCGUCAUGAUAAUGAAUAGAUUUGCACCUUUCUUUUGUUAUAAUCUUAGGAGAGUCAGGGGAAUUCAUACAUUUUACAGGGGAUUUUUCAUGUAACUAUUUUAGUUCUGAGCAAAGUUAUCCCUCAUUUUUAAUGUAUGCUAUAUUCUUCUUGUUCUCAAUAUAUAUUGCAUUGUCUUGUAACAAAGACAGCAUAAAAUUAAUCCAGUCUCUUGACAAUUUUACACCAGUAAUGAGAACAAAGAUGGCAGUUACACAUCUAUUGUCAUGACUGUUCCUGUAGCAAGAACAGAACAUGGUGCAAAACAUGGUGUCUCCUUGUGACAACAUUAAUAUUGGAGUCUUUUGAGCUUCCUCAGAUGACAGACAAUGAUAUCAAGCAUCUACAUUCUGGAGGUGCUUUUUGUAAAAGUUGCAUUGCACUUUUUUAGUCUGUAGUAAGAAAAACAGUAAUAAAUGAAAUACACUCAUCUUCAAUCCUGCAGUCAGCUCUGGUCCCCUCAUCGCCAAAAGGGCAUAGUAAACAGAGCACUCAGGGAAGGGCAACAAAAAGAUUAGAAGCAUGGACUGGGGUGGAGUCGUCAAAACAAGGAAAGAUUUAAAAGGAUUAGGGUAAUUUAGGAGAUAUGAUACUGAUAGGGCAUUGGAUCCUGCAAAGUACUCCUCCUGUUGAAUCCAGUGGAAAUUUAGGGUACUCAACCCUCACCAAAGUGUUCAACUUACACUGGCUUCAAUGGGAGCUGAGAUUGGCACCUUUUGCUCACCUCAUAGGAUCAAGCUCCUACAGAACAAUAAUUUGUGCAGAGAGGGUCAGUCAGGUGUUCUUGUAUUAUGGAAAAUGGUAAAUAAGAACAUCAGCACUCACGUUAAAAUGCAUUAUUUAAUCUAGGUAAAAGAAACUCAUUUAUAGUUGGUUUAACUUGUGGGACUCACUGAUGCAAGAUUUUAUUGAAACAAAUAACUUGGAACAUUUCAGAAAUGGAUUAAACAUUUAUAUGAAUAAAAACAGUGUCUGCAAUUAUAAGUAAGAAAACAUGAGGACCCUUAGUUCUCAUGCUCCUGCCAUAGAUACACAGAAGGAGUCUAGUGAGAAAUUUCCUACACAAUACAUUAGUGCACAAUUAUGGAGGUUUUACAUCGUCUGCAGGAUAUAGUAUUAAACCUUAAAACAUUUAUUUUCUUGAAUACCUUCUUUAAGUUAUGAGAAAAUAUGGUGUUGGCGGAGUGUACACUUAAACGGAACUGAAAUAUACACUACUGUUUAUUAACAAAUAAAAGAAAAACGUGGCAAAAUGUACUUUGUACAAUGUACAAUUAGCAUGGCUAAUGUGCUACUGAUCACUAGUUUUUGAAGUGAUUUCAAGUAGGAGUGAAAGAGAUAUGAAAGUUUACAAACAAAAUAUACUUUCUAGUGACUAAAACUUAACUUCAGCAGGUUAUAAUCUUUGUCUAAGCAGGUUUCUCACCUACAGUCAGUUCCCAGAGACUUCAGCCCCUCUUCUUCCUCCCCAGUUGGUUGAAGGAUCAAGAUUUCAAGAGCUCUGGCCCCUUGUGUCUCUGAGGUGACAGGUGCUAAUGCGGCUUUCGGUUUCUGAUUAUGUUUUCCAAAGUCUAUUGUCUCUGUUUUAAGAACCAGGAAGGCUUCCUGGGGGUACAACAUACCCCGUUGUGAUCGGUAAGUGGUCAUCUCCCCUACCUGCUAGUUUGAUGGCUGUGUUUACUAUAAAUGUACUUCCAUUGUGUCUGUCCUCACCUUGCUCAAUUUACAUUGACAACACCGUGAAGCAGAUGAAACAACAUUCCUUUGGCUGGGUUAGGCUUAUACACUGCUGGCCAAACACAUUUUAAGACUAUAUUUCCAGCACACCGCUAUAAUUCUUUAUACACCACCUGUAGCUAAACCGUGCAAUAAUAUUAAUAACUGGCAUGUUACCUGUUUUGAUAUGAUACCGUACAGGAUGCCUUUUUUCACACGGAUUGCCCCACCUCACUGUUGUCAUAGUGAGUGUGCGAGACCUCAGGUGAGUUAUGGUAUGGUGGUGCCUUCUUCCACUUGGCAUAGAGAGGCACCCAGGGUGUCUCUGCUAUUUCCAAUUUUAUCCAUAAGCACUUUCAACUUUGCUCAGUACUGGCUGUGUUACCAGGAAAGUGGCUACUCAUAAAAAUAUGCCAAUUGCCUUAGAUAACUUUAUAAAAUUUACCUCAGUAUUUCUAGUAUUCUAGGUUAUAAAGUAUAGGCAGGCUAGAAAGGAUUAGAUUUUUAAUUGGUAAAUGGCUGUAAACAUUGAUUUCUCCGUACACACACACACUGAUGAAAAAGUAUUUCCAUUGAUAAUAGCAAAAUUUAUCGAUAGUCACAGUACAAAAAGAGCUGUUUGUAAACUUAGAUUUUGAUGAUUAUUCUGACAUAUAAUGUUGCUUCCACCCUCAAUUUCACGAUAGUGAAAAUUUAAAUGAAUUAAAAAUAAGCUUACAAACAAACAUUGAUAUUAUGAGUCAAAAAUUACAAAAAAUAAAAAUUGAAUUCUGCCAAGCCAAAGCAUAAGGAACUAUUAUACCAUAGAUACUAACAAACUUCUCUCUUUAACUAAGGUAAAAUUUUUAUUUUAUUUUAUUUUUUUGAGUACCCCAUAUGAUGGAAAAAUAACAGUGCCCAGAAUGCAUCUUUGUAUUAGACACAGUGCUAGCAGAAGGCCGGGUGGCAUGAUAACUGCAUCAUUCACUCUGAAAUAGAAUUCAGCUCCGUCUUGGAAGCCCUGAGGGCGGUGACUAGAUUUUGGAAAUAUUCAGUACAACAUUUUGUUCAGAACCUUCAAAAUUAGGAAAUCAAACAGCAAUGUGUUUCAGCAAAGCGUGGCAGAUUUUACUUACCCAAAGGUCCAUAUUUUCCAGCAUUGAUAGGCUAUCUAAAUUUUUCCAGGUAUAUCUCAGCUUGUGGGAGGUAGACACCUGAGCUACUUUCUUCUGAGAACUGAUUAAAACAUCAGGUAACAUUUUCAAAUGCAUCUGAGUGCUUUAGGAGACUACAUUCCAUUUUCAGAAGUGAGUGACACCUGGUUGCGAAACAAAGCUGUUUCAGCACCUAUCUCCUAUUGAUUCCAAGGCAGCUAGGCAUGUAACCUGUUUCAGUGCUUUUGAAAAUAUGACAGUUUGCCUAUCCACAUCUGUAGGUGCCUAAAUACCAUAGAAAAUCUGGUCGUUAGGCUCUUAAGUUUCAUAGCAAGUCAGUGGUACUUAUACUCUUAAAUGCCUAAGUCACUUUUGAAAAAUGGGACUUAGGAGCCUCAAUCAUGUAGAUAUUGCUGAAAAUUUUACCCAUCAGCUAAAUAAUUCUAUGAGCAGGGUUUAUAUUGGGAGCCUGAAUUAUUCAGGUUGGUGUCCAACUAGACAUAAAACAUGUAAAAGGAAAUGUGCACAUUUCUAACGUUUCACAAUUUCAUCAUUUUUAAACAGCUCAGUGGUGUUAAUUUCAUAAUUAAUUAAUAGCUUUAAAAUAAAAUUUCUCAGAACAUGGAGAGAGUCAUCUUGCUACCUGAUGAUCAUUAAAGACGGGAGCUAACAAAUAGAUUUAAUUGGAGAAAUGAGGCAUUUGCAACUAAUUGUAGCCCUGGUAUAAGCAAAUACAACUCCAUUGAAUUCAGUGGAAGCAUUUAAAGCCUGGGUUUCCUCUCACUUAUACCUGUGUAACUCAGUGAGGUACAUGGUAACUCUGCUGAUGUCAAUCAGUGUCACUGCUUGGACUUCAGUGAAGCAUCGCCACAUGACAAUCACUUAGCCUAAUGAGUUAAAUGGAACUUCAGGGGUGUAAAGUAGAUAUGAGAAAUAAUCUGCCUCAUGGUUUCCAGAAGUUUUAAGACUAUAAGUAAUCUUCUCCCUAGGAUCUGUUAUUUGAAACAGUUUCUUUUCAUAGCUCAGCCCAGACCUUUCCCCAAAUCCCAAGUUCCCUGCCUGACAAUCUUUCAAGCACAACCUAACAUACACUUAUAGCUCCUUCCUCUCCCCCUCUCAGCAACAAACCCUCCAGACAUUAUGUCACACCUCCAAUCACUAGCGGACAAAAUGCGCUCUGCUGGGCAGGAGAAAAAGGAAUAGCCAAGAGGAACAGAAAGUGGGAAGUUAUGAUGGAGGCCUUGGCAGGAUGCAGAUUAGUUAUUCUCUUUAAAACACAUCAUUUUUUUAAGAAUAAAGGGAGCUAAAGGAAAUAUUUCAAUAUAGCAUCUCAAUUCUCUGCUAUACUAUCUACCCAAAGCACCUUAAAGUGGGAGUUCAAUCCUCUUUCUAUUUUUCGUGAACCAGGAAGAUGGCUCUCUCUGUAGGGUGAAGUGCUGCCAGAAUAGGCCAAUUUCAGAUACUAUUUUUACUUUGGAGGACUCCAUUUUUCAAGAGACAUGUAUUUAAGUUUAAAAGGUUUCAUAAUGCCAUCAAUUACAGGACUUCUCCUUUAAACAUAAACGUCUCUCUCCUUGUAUACAACAUGCAUGCAUACAACUAGCCAUAGCACAUUUAAUGUGUCACUGAAGAAAAGCCAUUUUUUCCCUUUCUUAAAAGCUGCUAUCAGUAUAAUUCCAAUUUUCUGCUAAGAGUUCCCUUAAUUAAAGAUUAACAAAUUAAAUAUCUUUUGUUUAAUGAAAAUAUGCUUUAUCCUGUAAGCUUUAUUUAUUUAAGUAAUGUUUCUGGAGCCUGGGGUUGUUUGGUUAUUUAAAAAUAAGUAAUGCUGUAACAGCCUUCAGUAAAUUCCAUAAUCUGGCUGCUGUUUGGGGUUUAUUGUUAUCUUGGUGGGACAUUGAUUUUUUUAAAACUGUUUUAAGCUGUAGAGAGAAAUCACACUUAUUUCAAUCAUUAUUUUCAGUGUUUAUCAUUGCUAUUAUACUGUUCAAAAGAGAUUGAAAAAUUCAGUUGCAUACUUUUGCCCUAGAGGAAAUAAGCACCUGUAAAAGGAAUUGCAUUUCUUACAUUUGCUAAGGAUGUAAUUUGGUCUUAUUAUGUGAAAUUCUGAGCUUGAUCAUCUAAGUCAUAAAUAGUGCCCCAUGAGCUGUCUGACUUCAGAGUGGGUACCUAAAACACUAAUUUAAAACAAUGCAAAUUUUGCCACAGACAGUCCCUCAAGCCACACUCAUACAUUUUAAGAGGUUUUAAAUCCCACUCCCCUAACUGCUGUGCUUAGACUCUUCACCUACACUGAUUGCCAUU